CGUCCGUAUAUAUACCGAUAACAGUGUUAGAUCAACAUUGUCUAGUGCCUUCACCGACAAACAAACACCAACAAACAAACAUGAAAACCAUUGUCUUCCUCGGUUUCUUGGCGGUUGCCCUUGCCGCUCCCCAAGCUCCCACUGAACCCAUCCCCAUUCUGAAGCAAGAGAGCGAGAUCAACCCUGAUGGCUCUUACCAAUGGUCGUACGAAACCGGCAACGGUAUUGCUGCUGACGAGAAAGGAGCCCUGAAGAACAUCGGUGCUGAAGAACCUGCCCUGCAGGUCGAGGGCCAGUUCUCCUACCCCAGCGAAGACGGUGGCAACAUCCAGCUCACAUACGUUGCCAACGAGAAUGGAUUCCAGCCCCAGGGCGCCCACCUCCCCACUCCCCACCCUAUCCCUGAGGCGAUCCAGCGCGCUCUGGCUUACCUCGCCACCGCCUCUCCCCAACCUGAAAACUAAUUUCAUGUUUGAACAUUAGGUUAAGCACUAUUCAAUGUAAUUUAACUUAUAAAGUAUUUCUUAAUAUUUAACUAGACAAGGUCUAAUGUAAAUAUUAUGAAAUAUUUUGAGCCUACUAGAAACUUCCUAUUUUAUACCUUUUUAUUUUGUACAUAA